GAUCCUGGAGGAAUCUGGGCCUGGUGAAUACGAGGAGCCUCAUUCUAGGCGUGGCGUGAAGCAGGCCGCCAGCAGGGGCAGCUUAGAAGGCAGGAGGCCACUUAGGAGCUUCUUCCUGUGUAGGAUGUGAAGGGCCCUCUGAGGACGGAGGGCAGACAGAUCCAGGAUGCAGAAUGGAGGGUGCAGGAGCCAGACACAGGGAAACAUCGAGAUUAGAACGGGCCGGACUUCUUAGCGGCUGAGUGGGUGUUGGGGGUGGUUCCAGCUCCAUGUUACAGACAGGGAAGCAGGUUUGUUCCACAGCUGGCCUGUGGUCACACUGCUAAACAGUAGUGAAGCUGGGCUUCGGACUUGGGUCUCUCUCUGACUCCAGAGCCCCUGAAUAUUGGACAUUUGGGAAGGUUGCCGCAUCAACUAAGAUCACCACGGUUACAAAUAAUAAUUUAUUUGCUCACAUACCCAAAGAGUACUGAGAUAAACUCGCUUCAGGUGAGGCUUGAUCCAGUGGUGUGGGAGUGUCACCAAGGAUCUGGUCUCUUCAGCAUUAGCUUCACCCUGGGACUGGCCCCAAGGUGGCUGCCACCAGCUCUAGAGGUGACACAGGACUUUGUCUUUGUCCCAGUGUCCCUGCCUGGUGCCCUAGGAGUUACUGUGACUACCUGGUUAGGUAGGGGCUGGAGAGGGCAAUGGGCUCAGCCCAGAUCAAGUGCCCACCUGGGCACCUGGGGAAGCUGGGGAAGGAGGGCACGCUUUCCAGGUGGUUUCCAUCCAGGCAGACUUAGGUGCUGGUGCCACCUGCUAUCUCCUGCGGGUAAUGUGCUGCUUCCUGAUUGUAAAGCAACCAUUCUUGAGGUACCUGUGUACGUGGCUGUAAGAAUCUUUUUUUUUUUCUUUAUAAAACUAAGGACAUCAGAAACAGAUUGACCCAGAAACAUUCAAAGAUUUCUACAACUGCUGGAAGGAGGCAGAAGCAGAGGCCCAAGAGGUCAACCUGCCUUUUUCGGUGAUGGAACAGCUGGACAAGAACGAGUGUGUGUAUAAGCUGUCAAGCUCCGUCAAAACAAAUCGCGGUGUGGGCAAGAUCGCCAUGACCCAGAAGCGCCUGUUCCUCCUCACUGAGGGGAGGCCGGGCUACGUGGAGAUUUCCACCUUCAGAGACAUAGAGGAAGUCAGAAGCACCACAGUAGCUUUUCUGCUCCUGAGAAUUCCCACUUUAAAAAUCAAAAUGGUGUCCAAGAAAGAAGUCUUUGAAGCUAAUCUUAAAACAGAGUGUGACCUGUGGCACCUGAUGGUGAAGGAGAUGUGGGCUGGGAAGAAGCUGGCCGACGACCACAAGGACCCCCAGUACGUCCAGCAGGCACUGACCCACGUCCUGCUGAUGGACGCCGUCGUCGGUGCACUGCAGUCGCCCGGCGCCAUCUACGCGGCCUCCAAGUUAUCUUACUUUGAUAAGAUGAAGAACGAAAUGCCCAUGGCAGUUCCGAAGACGACCUCAGAGACCCUGAAGCACAAGAUCAACCCUUCCGCAGGAGAGACCUUCCCACGCGCCAUCGAUGUCCUGCUCUACACCCCAGGGCAUCUUGACCCGGCAGAAAAAGUUGAGGAUGCCCACCCCAAACUGUGGUGCGCUCUGAACGGAGGCAGGGUGGUCGUGUUCGAUGCUUCCUCUUGGACGGUUCUCCAGCACUGCUUUAAAGCGGGCGCUUCUAAACUGAACUGCAUGGUGAUGGCGGAGCAAAGCCAGGUGUGGGUCGGCUCGGAGGACUCGGUCAUCUACAUCAUCAACGUCCACAGCAUGUCCUGCAACAAGCAGCUCACGGACCACCGCUCCAGCGUCACGGGUCUGGUCGUGCAGGACAGAGCGCAGGCACCCAGCACUGUGUACUCCUGCAGCGCGGACGGGACAGUCCUGGCCUGGAACGCGAGCUCUCUGCGGGUGACCAGCAGGUUCCAGCUGCCGGGCGACGGGCUCUCGGCCAUCAGACUGCACGGCGGCCGCCUCUGGUGCUGUACCGGUAACAGUAUCGUGGUCGUGACCACGGCUGGAUUUCUUCAUCAGGAACUGAAGAUCGGUGAGAACUUUAAAGAGAUGAGCACCUCCUUCCUGGGUUUCCAGCUCAUGCCCGAGGAGCAGCUCUGGGCGGCCUGUGCCGGGUACGACGACAUCUACAUUUGGAGCCUGCGGGACCUCGCCCAGCCGCCGCAGAGGAUCCACCUGCAGGACUGCUCCAAGGUCAGCUGCAUGAUCAGGGUGAAGAAGCAGCAGAUCUGGGUGGGCGGCACGGGGCUGUCGCAGGGGAGAGCCAAGGGGAAAAUCUACGUGAUCGAUGCCGAGAGGAAGACGGUGGAGAAGGAGCUGGUGGCCCAUACGGACACGGUGAAGACCCUGUGCUCCGCGGAGGACAGAUACGUGCUGAGCGGGUCCGGCCGCGAGGAGGGGAAGAUCGCCAUCUGGAAGGUCGAGUAAACCAAGGGCGCGUGUGCCCUGUGAGCGAGGGAUGCGCCUUCUGCCGGCUCCUGGCGCCUCCCCAGAGAAGGCGGGUCUGAGCCUGGGGCGGGGGGCACUGGGGGGGCUCCGCUGCGGGGGCCUGUUUGGCUCUCUGGCCUCAGUGACGAGACCGAUAGCGUCGCGCUUCCUCUCCUGGACUUAGCUGAUUAAACUGGACCGUUUCGGGCUGGGGUCCCUGUCAGUCAGGCAGCCUCUGCCGAGAAGUCACCCUGUGCUGUCUAGACGGCUCCAGAAUCCACGACCUGGGCCAGCACCAGGCCAUCGGGAGCAGUUUAGCCGGAGCACCCGUGACCUGCGGACCUCGGGUCUUGCUUUUCCUCCGCUUCACUCA